AUACAGUACCUUAAAUACCGUGAGUGCAGAGUUUGAAUUUCGUCUUGUAGCUCUUUGAUUGUAACGUGAUGAUGACGUACCUCCGAUCUACCCUAAAAUACUUUCGAACUGCUGUUGGCGUAUACUAGUUCAGGAAAGAAUCGGCUCCGUAGCGGACGAAGUUCCCGCUAACAGACACCGGGCGGAGAAUCCAUCGCCCGGCGAAUGAUCGGGAGCAAAGUUCCUUCUUUCGUUCACAAUUUCGAACUCCACCACCUCGUGUUCUGGCUUUAUGCGCGAUGAUGCAAAGUUGCAAUUGCCAGUAUUAUUGCGAUCAGAUGCACAUUUGACAGGAUUUCUGUAGGUGCGUGUUUGGAAGACACAUCAACUGGGAGUGUAGUUUGCUGCCUGAGGAUGAAGGCAUCCGCGUGUUCUGAAAUCAUUUUGCGCCAAGAGAACUGAGGUGACUUGUAUAAUGGCACGAUUGCAGCGACAGCUUCUCAGGAGCGUAUAUUCUUUUUUGAAUUUAUCAUCUGCUGAGUGCUUAGGUGUGGCAUGCCGCGGGUUUGCAACGCAGACACCGAAGAGCUUCACAUUUAGCACGGGCUUGGUCAGCAAAGAGAGGAAUUGCAAAGUCUUAGCGGGAUUGGAUUUGUUUAAGGUCUAUUUUAAUGGCAAGUAUAGUGCUUCUGGAAUUCGAGUAUUUUCAGCCGAAAGUGGGGAAGGAGGCGAUGGCGAGGAGAAGGUUCAUCAUUUGACCAAAAUUGACGGAGGGAAGAAGUACAGUGUUGUGCAGAUUGAUACUGAUGGUUCCUGGAAGACUGUGUGGCGCAACGCUAUGGAACUAGGCAUACAUCCCCGAGAUGUCAGCAUUUUGGCAGCUUCAAACCCUUUCAUAUCGCAGCGGUCCACCAUAGCUGUGCAGAAUGAGAAGAUCAUGGUGCGCAUGGAGAACGUGAGGGCUCUGUUGUGCAGGGACCACGUCUUACUUUUCGAAGCUCGGCGCCCACGGUCACUCAAGGACCGGGAUAUUGUGGGCGCAGCUCCUUCAGUUUCUGAAACUCCAGAAAAAGCAGCAGAAAGGGCUCGGGAAUUGUUUGCAGUUUACAUAUCGCAACAAGCUCGAGAGCCGAUUGAACGACUAGUCGAGGCGAUGCCCUUCCAUUUGCGAAUGCUGGAGUGUUUGCUAGACGACACGAGUAUUUUCUUUCACCAAAAAACAGAAAGGCUGAAAGUAGUUGUGGAGCGUAUGCUUGAAGAACUUACCGAUGACGUCAACAUGGGCGGCCUCCAACGCUUGUUACCGUUGAAAAGAGCGCUUACAGAAGUUGAGCAUGAUGUGAGGGACACACAUGAUGCGAUAGAAGAGGUGUUAAGGAGCGAUGAGAUGUUGGAAGCUGUAUGUCUCAAUAAAACAGAGUUCCAGUGGUCGUUUGGCAAAUACUCCGAUUCAGAAAGGACUAGAGACUCCAAACAACCAACGUUGCGUCAAGCAGCAGCUGACAUGCUUCUAACAUAUCAGCGUCAGAUUGACAAUGCCGGUGGUGCCCUGGAGGAGCUCAGGAAAAACAUUGAUGCUACACAAGAGAUUUGGGAGCUGGGACUGGACACAACUCGAAAUCGGAUCAUUCAAAUAGACGUACUCUUUAGCUUGGGAACCGUGUCAAUGGGCGUGGCUGCACUUGUAGCAGGAUACUUUGGCAUGAACAUUCCCAAUAAACUUGAGAAUAGUCCAACAGCCUUCUGGUGGGUGGUUGUUGGAUCAAUGGGCACAACAUUUUUACUUGGUGCAUUCCUCCUGUAUUUAGUCCGAAUUCGGCCUCGAGUUAUGGACAGGCGACGUGCACGGGAACUAGCUGCACUACGGGACCUCCUGAAGCAUUUGGACGAUAUUGAUGACAUCUUUCAAGCUGUUGCGCGUGAAGCAGUGGCUGGGAGGGCAGUGACUCCAAAUGAAUUCAAGAGAAUUCUACACUCUCACCCUACUGCAAGAUUCAUGCGCAAGGGAGAACUUGAUAUGAUGUUUCGGAUGUUUGACACUGACCGUGAUGGGGUACUAAAGGAUGCUGAAAUGGAAGGGAAGAAGACAACGAAUUAGAGAAAGGGACAGCAAGAUGGUGUAACGAAGUUUGUAUUAUUGGAAUCGGCUUAGACCUACUCCUUGGCGGAAUCAUGUCCCAUUUCAUAAACUUUUCUCAGUUUCAAGAUAUGUCGCGGAAUCCUCAAAUUUCCUCGUUUCUUUGAACAGUAUCACCAUAGCUGGUUGUUUCCAUUGAUAUUGUAUGUUUAUCUGCAGAAGCAAUACCAAUUUAGUUCGAAGUUUCUGGGAGCUUCUUGAAGAAGUUGAGGUCUAGAUCAGUUCAUCUAUCACAAUAUCGACUUCAGCAUGCCUUGUCCCUUUUAAACUGUGAUGACCGUGUAUUAUUUUCUAUUACAUCAUUUUAAGAGCCGUUUCCACGUCGGGCAAAAGGGCGACUCAGUAGCUAUGUGGGACAAUGUAAGGGGUUUAGGGCUUGAGUCACCUUAUUGCUAGAGGUUAUUGUAGAAAACCUUAGGCCUUCCAGUUGAUGUGUCUCUCCUCUUGUAAAGUACCUCAAUUUCCGCCAAAGUUUUUUAUAAGAUGGAACAGAAGCAAAUAAUGCUUACGCCAUUUACAGUGACUCUGCUCAAUGUUAUUGACUCUGCUCAUAUAAAGCUCAUCAUGUAUUUGAUCAGCUUGGGUGCAGGACUUUGAGACCAUAUAUUUAAGUACACCAUUACGCAA